AUGGGCGGCGGUAAAGCUCCUCAGCAGCAGACUCUGAGAAAGCGAAGGUCCCAGCCGGAGUGUGAAAGGAAGCCUUCCGUUUGCCAGCUUCGUGAGCCCGCUGGUGUCGACGAUGACAUUCGACGACUUGAGAACCAAGUAAACCAACUGAAAACCGAGUGCAAGAUUCUGCAGCGGGCCCGUGACGAGUCCGUGGUUGUCGCAUCCCAGAUGAUCAAGGAAAUCGAACGUUUGGAAGAUCUUCUGAAAUCUCAACGCAAGGCGAAAGAGCAAGGGUCGAAAACCACCUCACCUUGA